AUGGAUGCAUUCGUCAUGCUACCAUGCAUUCGUCAUGAUACCAUGCAUUCGUCAUGCUACCAUGCAUUCGUCAUGCUACCAUGCAUUCCUCAUGCUACCAUGCAUUCCUCAUGCUACCAUGCAUUCCUCAUGCUACCAUGCAUUCCUCAUGCUACCAUGCAUUCCUCAUGCUACCAUGCAUUCCUCAUGCUACCAUGCAUUCCUCAUGCUACCAUGCAUUCCUCAUGCUACCAUGCAUUCCUCAUGCUACCAUGCACUCGUGGUGCUACCAUGCACUCGUGGUGCUACCAUGCACUCGUGGUGCUACCAUGCACUCGUGGUGCUACCAUGCACUCGUGGUGCUACCAUGCACUCGUGGUGCUACCAUGCACUCGUGGUGCUACCAUGCACUCGUGGUGCUACCAUGCACUCGUGGUGCUACCAUGCACUCGUGGUGCUACCAUGCACUCGUGGUGCUACCAUGCACUCGUGGUGCUACCAUGCACUCGUGGUGCUACCAUGCACUCGUGGUGCUACCAUGCACUCGUGGUGCUACCAUGCACUCGUGGUGCUACCAUGCACUCGUGGUGCUACCAUGCACUCGUGGUGCUACCAUGCACUCGUGGUGCUACCAUGCACUCGUGGUGCUACCAUGCACUCGUGGUGCUACCAUGCACUCGUGGUGCUACCAUGCACUCGUGGUGCUACCAUGCACUCGUGGUGCUACCAUGCACUCGUGGUGCUACCAUGCACUCGUGGUGCUACCAUGCACUCGUGGUGCUACCAUGCACUCGUGGUGCUACCAUGCACUCGUGGUGCUACCAUGCACUCGUGGUGCUACCAUGCACUCGUGGUGCUACCAUGCACUCGUGGUGCUACCAUGCACUCGUGGUGCUACCAUGCACUCGUGGUGCUACCAUGCACUCGUGGUGCUACCAUGCACUCGUGGUGCUACCAUGCACUCGUGGUGCUACCAUGCACUCGUGGUGCUACCAUGCACUCGUGGUGCUACCAUGCACUCGUGGUGCUACCAUGCACUCGUGGUGCUACCAUGCACUCGUGGUGCUACCAUGCACUCGUGGUGCUACCAUGCACUCGUGGUGCUACCAUGCACUCGUGGUGCUACCAUGCACUCGUGGUGCUACCAUGCACUCGUGGUGCUACCAUGCACUCGUGGUGCUACCAUGCACUCGUGGUGCUACCAUGCACUCGUGGUGCUACCAUGCACUCGUGGUGCUACCAUGCACUCGUGGUGCUACCAUGCACUCGUGGCCAACCAAUCCCUUACCGCCAUCCUCCUGCCACCCACCCUGCCUGUCUACCAUCCUCUCUUCCGUUCUCUCACCUCACCCACCCCAAUCAUCUUGCCACGAGAAGGUUGUGGGGCAAGGAGCUGUUGCGAUGGAGUGGGCAGGUGUGGCAUCUGCCUGCCUGCAUUCCUCCCUUCUGUGCUCUCAUCUCACUCCACACAUCUCACUCACCCCACACAUCUCACUCGCCCCACACAUCUCACUCAUCCCACACAUCUCACUCACCCCACACAUCUCACUCGCCCCACACAUCUCACUCACCCCACACAUCUCACUCGCCCCACACAUCUCACUCACCCCACACAUCUCACUCGCCCCACACAUCGCACUCACCCCACACAUCUCACUCACCCCACACAUCUCACUCACCCCACACAUCUCACUCGCCCCACACAUCUCACUCACCCCACACAUCUCACUCACCCCACACAUCUCACUCACCCCACACAUCUCACUCACCCCACACAUCUCAUUCACCCCACACAUCUCACUCAUCCCACACAUCUCACUCACCCCACACAUCUCACUCAUCCCACACAUCUCACUCACCCCACACAUCUCAUCUCACUCACCCCACACAUCUCACUCAACCCACCCAUCUCACUCACCCCACACAUCUCACCACAGCCUGCUCGUGGGGCAGGGGGCAGAUGCGGUGGAUGCAACGAUGCAGUGUUCUAUUUGCCUGGUGCAGCAUCUGCUUUCCUACACUCUUCCGCUUCUGUGUUCUCACCUUACCCCACCCAUGCAUCCCACCCCACCCAUGCAUCCCACCCCACCCAUGCAUCCCACCCCACCCAUGCAUCCCACCCCACCCAUGCAUCCCACCCCACCCAUCUCACCACGAAUGAGCAGGCGGUGGGGCAGGGGGCUGAUGCGGUGGUGGCUGUGGGGGGCGAUGGCGGUGGAGCAGGGGGCUGAUGCGGUGGUGGCUGCGGUGGAGCAGGGGGCUGAUGCGGUGGUGGCUGCGGUGGAGCAGGGGGCUGAUGCGGUGGUGGCUGCGGUGGAGCAGGGGGCUGAUGCGGUGGUGGCUGCGGUGGAGCAGGGGGCUGAUGCGGUGGUGGCUGUGGGGGGCGAUGGCACACUUCACGAGGUGAUGUGA